CCCUGGUUUUCAUCUUAUUCCUCUCGCCAUCUCGCGCUUUCAGAGCCUCGGCUCUCUCUGGACUUUCUGCGGACUGCAGCCCGCUAUUCAGUCUCACAGUCUCUCGAUUCGCUCACUACUCUCAUCGCCACGCUUUCAUAGGGUUCUGAUAGUUUUAAAUUCGCAGGUUCUCUACCGUUGCGAACCCUUUUUUAGGCCAAUGCUUGAUAAUUCAAAACAAGUUCAUCCAACCCUAGAUUGCAUGGCGAGUAUCAGCGGAAGCACUUCAUCUCCUCCCAAAGGCACCAGUGAAAAACCGGUGGUUGUUAGGGUUAAGCGCAAGUCCAACCAGUCUCGACUCGACGCCUUAUGGCUGGAAAUUAAUGAGAGGCCAUUAAAGCGCCCGCUGUUGGAUUUUGAGCAGUUGACCAUUGGUGGUGAAUCAGAUCAUGGAAGAGUGAAGGAAUUGAAGACUAAGAAAGUUUUUGUACAACAUGUUGAGACGGUUAACAGCAAGGAAGCCACUAUUGAUAUAUUACAAUCAUUUGUGCCUAGUUCUGCUGAUGCUGUUCAAGACAUUCCAAAAAAUAAAGAACGAAAACAGAAUAUCUUCAGAAAGAAUAAUAAACAAGAGCAGCUUUUGUCCAAGGCCAGACAAAAUCAAGAGAUAUUGGCUCAAAAUGCUCGUUUUGAACAAAUAUGGAGGAGCCGAAGGGGAAACAAAGAGACUUCACAUGAUAAGGAACUCCAUGACAUGUGCCAUUUUUAUGACAUUGUUCGUAUUGAUGUUGAGGAAAGAUCCAAUGAGAUGCAAGAGCAGGAAGUUUUGUCUUUGGAGGAUCAGAGGAUUCUUAGAAGCUACCUACCUCUACUUAGAGAGUUUAUUCCAAGUGCUGCAGCGCAGAUUGAAACUGAUGUACGAGAUUACAUGUCCAAGCAAGCUGCUGAUGAUUAUGUAUAUGACUAUUAUACCAUAAGGGAUGACAUGGAUAUUGGUGAUGAAGAUUCUUUGAGCCCUUUUCCGCUGGUACAGGUGGAGGAUGAAGAUUUCUAUGAUGGGUUAGAUGAUGAGUCAGAAUAUGAGAGUGAUGAUUCAAAUGCUGAGGCUCAUCCACGGAAUGAUUAUCCUGAUGAAAUAUCCGAAGAGGAAGAUGAAGUUGAUGGGGAGAGUGAAGCAUCAGCUGAUGAAAUAGAAGAAGACAAUGAUGAUGCUAGCAGUAGAUCUUCAGAAUUCGAGGAAUUGAUGCAAGGCUUGUCUGAAGAUGCAGGCCAAUAUGAAGAUGGAAUUUAUGAUGACGAUGACACUUUUGAUUAUGAGGAUGAUGAUAACUUUGAUUAUGAUGAUGAUGAUGAUGAUGAUGGCGAUGCUUGGAGAUGAAAAUAGUGGUGAAACAAUUUUGCAGACUUACAUUUCUUAUUGCCUCUCGGUAGCUUGUAAACAUCCCUUGAGACUUCUGUUGUCAUCUUGAAUUUCUAGUGUGAACUUGACGGAUUCCUACUUGCAUCUACUGUGAAGAUUUUUGUCAGUCAUUCUAGUCCUUUUCUAUUAAUGAUAGAAGAAUUUUACACCA